CUGCCCUUUCAGGCACUCGGACCGAAGUUUGUUUUAUUAUUUGUUACAUUAUUUUUCGUUGCCAGCCAGCUGUGCCAGCCGGCCUUCUAUAGCAGCACUUCUCACGUUCGCGGAGAACCGUUCGCCAGUUUGGUCAUUGUUAAAUGUAAACAAUAUUGAAACAAAAUAUUCAUUAGCGGCCUUACCUCAAAAUGCAGUCGGUGAAGACGGCAGAUCUGCCGGAAAAUCCCCGAGAGCGAUCAAAUUUCAUAUCGGCAGCAUGUUUCUGGUACACCAUGCCCACGUUUGUCAAGGGGCGCAAGGCCACGCUGGACACCAAAGAUCUUUAUAGGGCCCUCAAGGAGCACAAGUCGGAGACUCUCGGCAACAAGCUAUGCGCCUCCUGGGAACGCGAGCUCGAAAAGACCAAGGGAAAGCCCAACUUGCUGAGGGCUCUCCUGCGGGUGUUUGGCUGGUACUUUGGUCUGCUUGGACUGGUGCUCUUCAUUCUGGAGUUGGGCCUGCGAACGCUGCAACCGCUUUUCCUGCUGAAGCUCAUCUCCUAUUACACCCACGGCUCGGAGUCCAUUGAAGCUGCCUACUAUUAUGCCGCGGGAGUGAUCCUGUGCAGUGCCCUGAAUGUGAUCAUUAUGCAUCCCUACAUGCUGGGCACUAUGCAUGUGGGCCUCAAGAUGCGCGUGGGCAUGUGCAGCAUGAUCUACCGCAAAGCUUUGCGACUGAGCAAGACGGCGCUUGGGGACACCACCGCUGGUCAUGUGGUUAACCUGAUGUCUAAUGAUGUGGGCAGGCUAGACUUGGCUACCAUUUUCGUGCACUACCUUUGGGUGGGGCCGCUGGAGACUCUGUUUAUCACUUACUUGAUGUACCGGGAGAUUGGAAUCGCUGCUGUCUUUGGCGUGGCUUUUAUGCUGCUCUUCAUCCCCCUGCAGGCGUAUCUGGGCAAGAAGACUUCGGUCUUACGACUGAGGACGGCUCUGCGAACGGACGAGCGAGUGCGGAUGAUGAACGAGAUCAUCUCGGGCAUUCAGGUGAUCAAGAUGUACGCCUGGGAGCUGCCCUUUGAGCAGAUGGUGGCCUAUGCACGCAAGAAGGAGAUCAACGCCAUCCGUCACGUAUCCUACAUAAGAGGCAUUCUGCUCUCCUUCAUUAUCUUUCUCACCCGAGUCUCAAUUUUUUUGAGCCUUGUCGGCUAUGUUCUGCUCGGCACGUUCCUCACCCCGGAGGUGGCCUUUUUGAUCACUGCGUACUACAACAUCCUGCGAACCACCAUGACCGUGUUCUUCCCACAAGGCAUCUCCCAGAUGGCGGAGACCCUCGUGUCCAUUAAGCGCGUGCAGAAGUACAUGCAAUCGGAUGAAACAGAUGUCUCGGACAGGAGUGUGCCCUUGCCGGAGGAUCCCGUAGGCAGUAAUCAGGCCACGGUGCAUGCCGACGGAGAGGAGGAUGCCGAUGAGGCCGAGGACAAGCUGUUAGGGCCGCCUCUCUCCACCAUUAAUGAGAAUGCCGUGCUGUCGGAGGCGGGCAUCUCCAUCACUGGACUCAGAGCCAAAUGGGACAUCAACUCACCCGACUAUACGCUUAAUGGAGUAAAUCUCCGAGUCCAGCCCGGCACUAUGCUGGGCAUUGUCGGACGCACUGGCUCUGGUAAAUCCAGCCUCAUUCAAGCCAUUCUCGGGGAACUGCGCGCAGAGUUUGGCGAGAUCAAGGUCAAUGGAACGAUGUCCUAUGCCUCCCAGGAGCCAUGGCUGUUCUCCGGCACCGUGCGCCAAAAUAUCCUCUUCGGCCAGCCCAUGGAUCGUCGACGCUACGCCAAGGUGGUGAAGAAGUGUGCUCUGGAGCGCGACUUUGAGUUGCUGCCAUUUAAGGAUAAAACCAUUGUCGGAGAGCGAGGCGCCUCCCUGUCCGGCGGGCAGAAGGCGAGAAUCAGUUUGGCGAGAGCUGUUUACCGGGAGACCUCUAUUUACCUGCUGGACGAUCCACUGAGUGCUGUGGACACCCAUGUGGCACGUCAUCUUUUCGAACAGUGCAUGCGAGGCUAUUUGCGCGAGCGCAUCGUCAUUCUGGCUACUCAUCAGCUGCAGUUCCUACAGCAUGCCGACCAGAUAGUGAUUAUGGACAAGGGUCAGGUGAGCGCCGUGGGCACCUACGAGUCUCUGCGAGAGUCCGGAUUGGACUUUGCCAGCAUGCUAGCCGAUCCGGAGCGAGAUGAACAGUCGGAGGAGAAGUCUCGGUCACGGUCGGGCAGCUACACUCACAGCCACGGCCACGGCGAUCAACGGCGCAACAGCGAGCAAUCCCUGCUGUCCAUAGCAGACUCGUGCCUGGAGGACGCGGAGGCUGAGGCGGGACAGAUGAUCAAUCAGGAACGCCAGGAAGCGGGUCGUAUCGGCCUCGGUCUGUACAGUAAAUACUUCAAGGCUGGAGGCGGUUUCUUCGCCUUCUUCGUGAUGAUGGGAUUCUGCGUGCUGUCGCAGGCGAUGGCAUCGUUGGGCGACUACUUUCUCUCUUACUGGGUUACCAAAAAGGGAAACGUGGCUGCCCAAGCAGAGAACAACAACACACUCAGCUCUAAGGCUCUCGAGUCGCAACUGUCGCUUUGGAUGCGAGAUCUGGGCUGGUCUGUCGACGCUGAAAUGCUGGAUACCUAUAUAUUCACGUUGAUAACGGUCCUAACCAUCGUGGUGACCGUGGCGCGCUCCUUUCUGUUCUUCAACCUGGCCAUGAAGGCUUCAAUUCGCCUGCAUAACUCCAUGUUUCGCGGCAUCACCCGGGCAGCCAUGUACUUCUUCAACACUAAUCCAUCGGGUCGCAUACUGAAUCGCUUCUCGAAGGACAUGGGACAGGUGGACGAGAUACUGCCUGCCGUAAUGAUGGACGUCAUUCAGAUCUUCCUGUCGCUGGCUGGCAUUGUUAUCGUCAUAGCCCUGGUCAAUCCGCUAUUUCUUAUCCCGACCGUUGUCCUGGGCAUAAUUUUCUAUCAGCUACGAACCUUUUAUCUGAAAACCUCGCGGGAUGUGAAACGCUUGGAGGCAAUAACUCGCUCCCCCGUCUAUUCGCAUUUGGCUGCGUCACUCACAGGACUGUCCACUAUUCGGGCUUUUGGAGCUCAACGGGUACUGGAGGCGGAGUUCGAUAAUUACCAGGACAUGCACAGCUCCGCUUUUUACAUGUUUAUAAGCACUUCGAGGGCCUUUGGUUAUUGGCUGGACUGCUUCUGUGUCAUUUAUAUAGCCAUAAUAACGCUCAGCUUCUUUGUCUUUCCGCCGGCAAAUGGCGGCGAUGUUGGUCUGGCCAUAACGCAGGCAAUGGGCAUGACCGGCAUGGUACAGUGGGGAAUGCGUCAGUCCGCCGAGCUGGAGAAUACAAUGACUGCCGUGGAGCGCGUGGUCGAGUACGAAGACAUCGAACCGGAAGGAGAACUAGAAGCGCCGCUGAAUAAGAAGCCACCUAAAUCAUGGCCGGAGCAAGGGAAAAUAGUGUUUGAUGAGCUAAGCUUGCGCUACAUUCCAAAUCCCAAGGCGGACUAUGUGCUCAAGUCACUAAACUUUGUCAUAAGGCCAAGGGAAAAAGUCGGAAUCGUUGGACGCACAGGAGCAGGAAAAUCAUCGCUAAUCAAUGCCCUCUUCCGACUGUCCUACAACGAUGGAUCCAUUCUUAUCGAUAAGCGGGAUACCAACGAUAUGGGUCUCCACGAUCUGCGCAGCAAGAUUUCGAUCAUUCCCCAGGAACCUGUGCUCUUUUCCGGCACAAUGCGAUACAAUCUGGAUCCAUUUGAUGAGUAUUCUGAUGACAAGCUGUGGCGCAGCCUGGAGGAGGUGAAGCUCAAAGAUGUGGUGGCAGAUCUGCCCAACGGCUUGCAGAGCAAAAUCACAGAGGGUGGUACAAACUUUAGUGUGGGUCAGCGCCAGUUGGUCUGCUUGGCCCGUGCCAUUCUUCGUGAGAACCGCAUCCUGGUCAUGGAUGAGGCCACGGCCAAUGUAGAUCCCCAGACGGAUGGCCUUAUCCAGGCCACCAUUCGGAACAAGUUCAAGGAGUGCACUGUGCUGACGAUAGCCCAUCGCCUGCACACGAUUAUGGACUCCGACAAGGUGCUGGUUAUGGACGCUGGACGGGCUGUGGAGUUCGGUACGCCGUACGAGCUGUUAACUAAGGCAGAUUCCAAGGUGUUCCAUGGCAUGGUGAAGCAGACAGGCCAAGCCACCUACGAAGGAUUGCUAAAAAUCGCACAAAAGGCCUUUGAGGACAGCCAGGGUCAGAGUCUGCGUCGAUCCUCAUAAGACUCAGGGCAUAUGGAACAAAAUAUUUAGGAAUUGAGCCGAGGUGCUUAACACCGAGCCGGUUAAGUGUAGCUACUAGCUAGCUUAAUUAAUAAUAGUUUGCUUUGAAUGUGUGUUAUUUCGUGUGAGUGUAAAUAUUUUUGAACGUGCGUAUGUUUCCCGGUGUGUGUAACUUAAACACUGUAUAGUUAUCCGUUGUUUAAUUUUCUAUAUGUAUGUAUUUAAAUCAUAAUAAGUGCAAAGAAGUGCCUUUGAAAAAUAAACGAAAUAUUCCUACUUA